AUGACCGUCCUCAGCGACGUCCUCGAUUCGAUGAAUUUGAUCACCUACCGCACCACCUGGGAGGAGGCCCAACUGCUCCUCUUUGACAACCCCAUCUUCGCCCAGGACGCCCAGCUGCUCAGUAUGGACAAGGAGGACGCGCUGAUCGUCUUCCAGGAGCACAUUCGCCAGCUGGAGGAGGACGAGGCGACGGAGAAGGCGAAUGAGCGGAAGAUGAAGGCGCGGGAACAGCGGCGAAACCGAGAGGCUUUCCUCAAGCUGCUGGAUGAGCUUCACGCUAGUGGAAAGCUCAAUUCCCUUUCAAAGUGGGUCACCCUCUACCACGACAUUAGCGCCGAUGCUCGCUUUGAGGCUAUGCUCUCGCAGCCACUGAACGGAAGUACGCCGCUGGAUCUGUUUAAGUUCUACGUGGAGGAGCUGAAGGCGCGGUACGAGGAUGAGAAGGCGCUGAUAAGGAGCAUCAUGAAGUCGGCGAACUUUGUCGUCGGCCCGGCGACGGAGUUUAGCGAGUUUGUGGAGCUGCUCAGUAUUGACCCGCGGAGUGGGAAGCUCGAUUCGGGCAAUGUGAAGCUGAUGCAUGAGAAGCUGGUGGAGAGGGAGCGGGAGAAGGAGAAGGAACGGCUGCGGGAGGAGGCCCGCUCGAAGAAGAAGCUGGAGCAGGGCUUUAUUGGCCUGCUGGAGCGGAUGAGUCCGCCGCUGCGGGAGGACUCGAGCUGGGCGGAGGUGCGGCCGGUCAUAGCGAAGGAGGAGGCCUUUGCCGCGGUUCAGAGCGAAGAGGAACGGGUGGCCAUCUUUGAGGACGUGGUGCGAAGUUUGGUGGAGAACUGCACCCACCGCCACAACUACAAGUCCAGUCAUAAGGGGCAGCAGGGGCAGCACAAGUCGAGCUCUUUGG